AUGAAUCUCCCAGAAAGAUAUCCCUUCAGCCAACCUUCCAUCUUUUUCUUCUUGUACUUGUUUGCUCUCUUCUCUCUCUCCACAUUUUUGCACUUGUAUGACAAAAACACUUAUCAGAAGUGGAGAAGUAACUUCAUAAACAAAUCGAACUUCUCAUUGAUGGGAACCACCACCCAUAAUUCUUCCAGUACAUCCUCCAAGCCCAUAGAUCCUGGAAUAUGGACAGUGAACUCCAUUGGACGCUUGGGGAACCAGAUGGGGGAAUAUGCCACCCUCUAUGCCUUAGCCAAACUCAACGGGCACGAAGCCUUCAUCCUUCCAGCCAUGCACCGAUAUCUAUCACCAAUAUUCCAGAUCACUCUGCCGGUGCUCUCUGAUGAAAUAGUGCGCAAAUUGCCCUGGAGAAACUUCAACCUACAUGAUUGGAUGUCAGAGGAUUAUCGUCACAUCCAGGGCAAGUACGUUCGGCUGACUGGCUACCCUUGUUCUUACACCUUUUAUCACCACAUACGGCAAGAGAUACUACAGGAGUUCACCUUCCAUGACCACAUCAAGGAAGAGGUGAAUCAAUACCUUUUGGGACUACGGAGGGAGCACCAGGACGUGACCUAUGUUGGAGUGCAUGUUCGGAGAGGGGAUUAUGUGUGGGUAAUGCCCAAUACCUGGAAAGGUGUGGUAGCUGAUAGAGACUACCUGGAGAAAGCCAUGAACUACUUCAGAGAGAAGUACCACAAUCCUGUUUUUGUAGUGACCAGCAACGGGAUGGAGUGGUGCAGGCAAAACAUCAAUGCCUCCAAAGGAGACAUUCACUUUGCUGGGAAUGGGCAGGAGUCCUCUCCAGGAAAGGAUUUUGCUCUCCUUGCUCAUUGCAACCACACAAUAAUGACCAUUGGGACUUUUGGCAUUUGGGCCGGCUACUUGGCUGGUGGUGAGACUGUCUACUUGGCUAACUACACCCUGCCAGACUCUCCCUUCCUUAAGGUGUUCAAGCCCUCGGCAGCCUUCUUGCCUGAAUGGAUUGGGAUUCCAGCUGACCUUUCCCCUCUGCUGCCCCAAACGAAACCUGCCCAAGUCCAGAAGCCAUAG